AUGGAAUUGAGGUCCAAGACCAAAGCCGAGUUGACCAAGCAACUCGAUGAAUUGAAGCAAGAACUUGCCUCUCUAAGAGUGCAAAAGGUCGCUGGUGGAAAUGCUUCCAAACUUGCCAAAAUCAAGGACGUCCGUAAAUCAGUCGCCCGAGUCAAGACUGUCGUCACUCAAACCCAACGAGACCAACUCAGGUUGUACUACAAGGGCAAAAAAUACAUCCCACUAGACCUUCGCCCAAAAAAGACUCGUGCCAUCCGUCGUCGUCUCACAAAGUCGGAAGAAGGCCUCAAGACUCUAAGAGCUCAAAAGGUCGCUCAACACUUCCCUAUGAGGAAGUAUGCUGUCAAGGCAUAA